AUGUUGCCCACUCCCCCCGCAAGUGUGGAAUCGCUGCCCCUUGAAGCGAAGUCGCCCAACCAUGCCGAAUACUACUCGCUGCACUUGAACAAGUCCCAGUUCAACCUGGUGUUGAUUACCUGUGCCGUGAACUUGUUGCAAGUGUUGUACGACGACAGUAAGGUUGAUGGUGGUCACUCCAAGGUGCGCUUUUUUGUGGUGGAACUUUUACGGCGUCUGAAGACGCUGAUUCAGCUGUUGCAGGUGGCCUGCUGGUACUUGGUAAAACUUGUCCAACGGCGUGAUGGGGACGACUUACCCGCUGACCCUCGCAAGUUGUUUUUGGGGUGUAUAAUUUUGGCGCUGAAGUUUAACCAGGACUACAACUAUUCGUUCAAGCUGUGGCUCAAGAUCUGUGGUAUGGGAGCUUCCUCCACUGACUCCGAAUCGUUUGAUGUGGCUCAGUUGAGAGCCCUCGAACGCCAGGUGUUGAAACUUUUGGGAUUUAACUGCUACCUUAACGGCCGCAAAUAUGAGAACUGGUGCAACAUUUUGUUGAUCUUUGGCUACGACUUUAUCCACACUCACAAUGUCGCCACUGGCACCAUUGAUUGGGAGCUGGUGGUUAUCGUGGGCGAAAAACUCAUGAAGUGGAGACGGUUUUUCACCCACUCAUUUAACCCUCAGACGUUGGAACUGGUGAAAGUGGAUUUCCGCAGCUACUACCAACAACAGAUGGGAUCGAAGGUGGUGCUCAAGGCGUCACCGUCGCUUUUUACGUCAUCGACAAAGCGGUGCCGUGAUGAGAUCGUCACACUGCUGUCUGCCAAGAGACGCUGUGUCGAGCACUAA